AUGGCGAUGUCUGUUAAGGGAAAAUAUGCCCUUAUUACCGGCGGCGGCACAGCUAAAUUUCCGACUACAGGUAUUAACCUCGCCUUCGCUCGAUUUCUCCUCAGCCAAGGCUGCUCAGUCAUUAUUGGAGAUCUUAGGCUUACACCUGAGGCCGAAGCUCUCAUCAACGAGUUUCCCCAUCUGAAUCUAGAUAACGGCCAACCAUCCGCGUUAUUUCACCAAACUGACGUAGUAUUUCCAAGGAUUGAAAUUGUAAUACCUGGCGCUGGGUUAUAUGAACCGCCUUGGUCCAGUUUCUGGCAGCCGCCUCGUACUGAGACAAACCCACAUUCUGCAUCUCUCGACUUUGCCGAUGCUGAGCAGGGGCACUAUGCCAUCUUGGACGUCAACCUAACUGCCCCUAUACGUCUGAGCCAGUUGGCCAUUGGAUAUUGGACACGAAGCAAACUCCCUGGCUGCAUUGUUCACCUUGGGAGCAUAGCUGGAUACAUUUCCGGGCCCGCUACUCCUUUGUAUUAUGCUAGCAAACAUGGUAUUCACGGUUUCGUGAAAUCUCUGGGCGAUCUACGCGAUCACUUAGGUAUUCGGAUCAGUGCUGUCGCUCCUGGGCCCGUACUUACUGCCAUAUGGAAUAGCGAUCAAGCCAGACAGGACACGCUAAUGAAAGAUGCAACGUAUGUUCCUGUAGAAGAAGUCGUGGCGGCAAUGUACGAACUCGUCGUUAAUGAAGAAUAUGGCAAUGGAACAAUAUUGGAGGUUACAGCCGGUGCGACAAGAGUGGUUCCCAAAUUUAAUGCGCCUCCUCCAAUGGCCGGGUCAUUGGUGGUAACAAAUGCGAAGUUCUAUUAUGCCCAACUAUUUGAGGAUCUAAAGACCAAAGGCUUACAAACUUAG